UUGCGGUCUAGCGCUGGUUUGGGGAAGUUGUGUGUGACUGAAUGUAGUUAAAUCUAAACUGUCAAGUAUACAAGGGACAAUUUAUUAAUUAAAAGAUGGUGGCAACUAUGUGGACAGUCGUAUCGUUCUCUUUUUCUCUUCUUAUAACCCCAUUUCUGAUGGUUCUAUUAGGAAUAAUAUUUCUGGCCUCAAUCGGAAAAUCUCUUGGAGUUAGAAGACUUUACGUCAAUCUGUUGUUGAAGAUUUUCGAGCUUUCAGAGCAUCCAGGUUUCACUAGCAUAAUGUGCAGCAGUCCGAACACGAAUUUUAAGAACACUCUUACUUAUUUUGAGUAUGGACGUCAACACAUAGAAAUAGCACAGAAAGACCGCCAGGUGAGCAGAGAUAACUCAGAUGAUGAAGAAGAGGAGGAAGAAAAAGAACAAAAAGAUGUUUUAGAGGUUAAAGAAAACUGCAAUAAUGUGUGCAAUAAAACACCAGAAAAGAAAAUGAAUGGGGUGAUAAGCAAUAAUUUGAUCAGCAGAGAAGAUCUCAUCCUCGCGCCAGAUCCUGUACAGAACUACAAAGGCAAUAACAAACAGGAAGAGACAUCCACUGCUCCUCCUGAUCUCAUUCGAAGGAGAUCAUUUGAGACGCUGAAGAGGGAAUUUCAGCUUUCAGAUCUCCUUGACUAUGUCAAGGCUGGAGUUGAAGCAAUAAUAGAAGAUGAAGUUACACACAGAUUUGAAGCAGAAGAACUCAAGUCCUGGAAUCUUUUGACACGUACAAAUCAAUACUAUGAAUUCAUCAGCUGGAGACUUACUGUUAUUUGGAUGGCAGGAUUCUUUGUCCGCUACUUCUUUCUGCUGCCUUUACGUGUAAUGAUUUGUUUCAUAGGGGUUAUGUGGUUGACAGCUUGUACAGCUGUUGUGGGCUAUGUUCCUGAGGGUCCAUUCAAGCGUUGGCUCAACCAUCGUGUUUCCAUAAUGUGCUUUGGUGUUUUGUCCAGUGCUCUGUCAUCUGUGAUUACCUACCACAAUCCAGAAAACAGACCUAAGAGUGGAAUAUGUGUAGCAAAUCACACGUCUCCAAUUGAUGUCCUCGUCCUAGCCUGUGAUAACUGCUAUGCCUUGAUUGGUCAGAGGCAUGGUGGUUUCUUAGGGCUCCUCCAGCGAGCUUUAGCGAGAGCGUCCCCUCACAUUUGGUUUGAACGUUCUGAAGUAAAGGACAGAGAAGCAGUUGCAAGAAGGCUUCGUGAGCAUGUGUCUGAUCCUAACAAUCCUCCAAUUCUCAUUUUCCCUGAAGGAACAUGCAUUAACAAUACAUCAGUUAUGCAGUUCAAGAAAGGAAGCUUUGAAGUUGGAGGUGUAAUUUAUCCUGUAGCCAUAAAGUAUGAUCCAAAAUUUGGUGAUGCAUUUUGGAACAGCAGUCGUUAUUCAAUGAUGCAAUACUUGUACAUGAUGAUGACAAGUUGGGCCAUUGUUUGUGACGUAUGGUAUCUGCCACCUAUGUACCAGCAAGAAGGAGAGACAGCUAUAGACUUUGCAAACAGGGUGAAAGGUGUUAUUGCCAGGCAAGGUGGACUGGUAGAUCUUAUGUGGGAUGGGCAACUGAAGCGCAUGAAACCAAAGAAAGAGUGGAAAGAGAACCAGCAAAAAGAAUUUAGCAAGAGACUGAAACUGGAAUGAGGUUCAACUACGGUGAAACAUUUCCAUCAUUUUAUUGUUUUGAAAAAGUGGUCCCUGUGAUUUGCAGUCUUUUAAUUCUGGAUUAUUUUAUAUGUUUAUUGUUGUCUUUAUCUUUGAUAACAAGAAUGGCUGUGCAAACUAAUUUUGGUAGUACAGCUCUGUUUACAGAAAUGCUUUUUAUGCAAGUAUUUCUUAUGUUUACAUCCAGAAUUCAGUGGACUGACUAUUUUGUAUGGUGAUUACACAUUUUAUGUCAAUUUGUGUUUGACAAGACAGGAUGAGAGUUAUAAAGUAUGAGCAAUUACAUAUGUUCCUGACAUGAUGAGUUGUGUUGUGUCUGCAUUAUCAUUUCUGGGGAUAUUCAUCCAGAAACUGGACAUGCAUAUCAUCUGAAUGCAUGUAGCCAUCCUCACCAAAGAAUUCACUGUAUAAAAUUCAUUGAUCAUUUUUUUAGUUUCAUUGAUAGUUGUGUAUUUGUAAUUAAACAUGUUUGUGUCAACUGUAGCCAUUAUAGCAUCAUAAUUUGUGGCACACAUUCCAUGUAUGCAUUUUCAUUUUGUUCUGUUUACAUCACAGUUUGUAUGACUUGUAAAUUGUGUAAAUGUUAAGCAGUAAAACUUGUGCUGGUGUGAUAGAACCUAUUUUGUAUAGACCGUACCAACAUUUUUAAUGUGCUUUUUAAUUAAUAAACUCACUGUGAUAACUGAAAAGCAACAAAAUUACUCCUGUGGAAUCUUGCAGAAGUGCCAUGGUGGAAGUAAGGUAUCAUUGAGCUUCAGAUAUAUCAAAAUUGAGUGGAAACAACCAAGUGAGUUAACUCAGAUGGCAUUCAUUUUCAUUUAUACAGUUUUGAUUAUUCAGGACCCAGAUAUUGAUUCUCAAACAAUUCCAAGAACUUGCUAUCAUGUUCAGAUAAGACUGCUGGAUGGCGUGACUGAGACAAGGAAAUAUGAGGCUGUGUAGAGUUUUUAUGAUAUUAAAGGAGGGAAUAAGUGAAGAUGCCUAGUAAAAUGGGUGGGAACACACUUUGUAACUUGUAUAUAGGCACUAGGUAAUUUUAUAACUUGUUUUGAUGCAAUAAUGUCUUGAAUACAUUUCACUUAAUGUUUUUUUUAUAUUUAUUGUGGCAAGGAAAAUAAGAGGGUUAAGCAAGAUUAUGGCACAAAGUAUUCCAUUACAUAUUUUGAAUAACUUUAUCUAAGAAAUGUUGUGUUCAACUAUGACUUUCCUGAUAGCUUACUGUGAAGUUUUUUUUAAGGUAAUAGCAAAAGCAAACUUCCCUAAUGAUCUUUCAAUAUUUUUGUACAUUGCACUUCAUAAGAUGAAGUAAAAUGACAGUAAAUUAUACAUGAAGACUGAACAAUAGGUGUAAAAGAAAUGAGAGUAUUGUUAUUCUUACCUUAGAUUUUCAUUGUAUAUAGAAAUGGACUUUCUAUUGUAAGUAGUCAUACCAGUCACUGCACUAAAUCUGUGAAGAAAAACUUUUGUAAUUUAUUUGUUUGUGUACUUCACAUUUUUAGAAAAUGUGUGUUAAAAUGGUGAGUCAAGCUGUUUUGUUGCAUUUUGUAUUGUUAUGUACUAGCAAAGCUUGUAAAUAAACUGGCAAUCAUUAAUGCUGUUUUAGGAA